AUGGUUGCUAACGGAUCAGCAGAGUAUCGAGUCUUCCAACAAGUGGGAGCCGAUGGAGCUCUGCAGGCUGAUAUUAUGAAACUGCCUUUUGGAAAAGUCGGUGUGAGUAAAGCCUUGGCCUCUGGUUGGAUCAGCAUCGACAAGAGCGGUGGAGCUAUCCGCUUGGUAAGAAAAUGUGAAAGCGUUGUGGACACCGUACGCGCUCAACUGGACGCUUUGAAUUUAGGCGAAGAAGUCGAUGCUAAAGCUGUCACUGAACUCAAGAAAAGGAAAUUAGUGUCGGAAGUAUUAACAAAGUAUGUUAUUGUGAAAAAGGGACCGAAUUUCACGACCAACAUCAGCAAGCCUGAAGUUGACUUGACUCCGGAAAUGAUCGCCAGUGGUUCUUGGAAAUCGAAAACUUUCAAGCAGUACAACUUUGAUGCCCUUGGUGUCCAACCUCCUUGCGGACAUCUACACCCCUUGAUGAAGGUUCGAUCAGAGUUCCGACAAAUUUUCUUCUCAAUGGGUUUCACGGAAAUGCCAACAAAUCGCUACGUGGAGAGUUCGUUCUGGAAUUUUGACGCACUUUUCCAACCUCAGCAACAUCCGGCAAGAGACGCCCAUGACACAUUCUUCGUCUCAGAUCCUGCUUUGAGUACCGUGUUUCCCUUGGAUUACCUGGAACGUGUAACAACUGUUCACUGCAAAGGAGGAUAUGGAUCCGCCGGGAAGGCGACGGCUCGCCCACAUUUGGACGCCAUGUCCGCUCACGGUUUCAAGCCAACGAAAAUGUUCUCAAUCGAUCGAGUAUUCCGAAAUGAGACAUUGGAUGCUACCCACCUUGCUGAGUUUCACCAGGUCGAGGGAGUUAUCGCUGAACGCAACUUGUCAUUAGCGCAUUUAAUAGGAGUAUUCACGGAAUUCUUCAAGAAACUUGGUAUUGAGAACCUCCGCUUCAAGCCCACCUAUAACCCGUAUACUGAACCUUCUAUGGAAAUAUUUGCCUAUCAUAAAGGAUUGAAGAAAUGGGUUGAGAUUGGAAACUCCGGAAUGUUCCGACCAGAAAUGUUGCUACCAAUGGGAUUGCCACCGGAUGUCAACGUGGCCGGGUAUGGACUUUCGCUAGAAAGACCAACAAUGAUUCGAUAUGGAAUCGACAACAUUCGAGAUAUGUUUGGGCCCAAAGUUGACUUGCAGAUGAUCUACAAUGGCCCUAUUUGCCGACUAGACAAGGUCAAAAGCUGA